AUGGCGGCCCCAAAGAUGAGCAAGAAUCAGAUGCGCCGCGCCAAAAAGAAGGAGCAGAAGAAGGCACAGCCCGCGUCAGCCACAGAGCCCGUUGAGAGCAGCGAGGCACCCGCGAAUGGACAGGAGAAUUCCAGCAGCGAGGACGCCCCUGCCAAGGCAGACGACUUGGAAGUGAAGACAGACCAUGACGCGCGAGACGCCGCUCCGUCCGAUGGACCCGUCGAUGUCGCCUUCGAUGACGAAGACCCAGCUUUUGCCGAGUACAAGGAUAUUUUCCAAAAGUUCGGACCGGCGCUGGAUGAGACCGAGGUUCAGCGAGAGGCGAAUGCCGGCAAUAAGGGCGAUGUCUUCUUCGACCAGGACGACGACAUACCCAGCGAGGAGGAGCAGAGCGGGCAACAAAAGAUGUCCAAGAAGAAGAGGAAGAAGCUUCACAAGCUCUCUAUCGCCGAGUUGAAAGCUCUUGUUAGGAAUCCUGAGGUUGUCGAGUGGCAGGACCCGUCGUCCUCUGAUCCGCGGCUACUAGUCCAAAUCAAGGCGCAACGAAAUGUCGUGCCCGUUCCUGGUCACUGGUCCCUGAAGCGGGAGUAUCUUUCGAGCAAGAGGGGGAUCGAGAAGCCUCCCUUCAAGCUGCCCAAGUUCAUUUCCGACACUGGCAUCACCGAGAUGCGGGACGCGGUCCUUGAGAAACAGUCCGAGCAGACAAUGAAGCAGAAACAACGAGAACGGGUGCAGGGCAAGAUGGGAAAACUCGAUAUCGAUUACCAGAAACUCUACGACGCCUUCUUUCGGUUCCAGACAAAGCCAGAUUUGACGCGCUUCGGAGAUCUGUACCACGAAGGCAAGGAGUGGGAGGCUGAUUACAGGUACUUCAAACCGGGUGAGGUCAGCGACUCUCUGCGGGACGCCCUAGGGAUGCAGCCAGGGUUCCCACCACCAUGGCUCUUGCAGCAACAGCGAGUGGGCCCUCCUCCAUCAUAUCCCCUACUCAAAAUACCAGGCCUCAACGCUCCCCUACCAGCUGGGGCAUCUUGGGGUUUCGGUCCCGGUCAGUGGGGCAAGCCGCCUGUUGACGAGUACAACCGGCCGAUCUACGGUGGUGAUAUCUUCGGCGUCACGGCCGGCAACCCCGGGGCUCAAGCACAAAUGCAAGCCGCGCAGCCACAAGCAGAGCCUAUCGACCGCACACUCUGGGGUGAGCUCAAGCCACCGGAGGAGUCUGAAGAAGAGGAGGAGUCCGACGAGGAGGAGUCCGACGAGGAUGAGGAUGAGGAUGCUGAUGUUCCGGGUGGCCUUCAAACGCCCGGGGGAUUAGAGACUCCUGGCGGUCUGAACAGUUCCGUACCAACGGAUUACGGUGGGCCUGGUGGCGUUGAGAGCAGCAUGGCGGGCGAAUUCGACCUGAGGAAGCAGCGCCGUGGUUAUGAGACGGAAGAGAGUGCCGGGCCACGAUCAGCAUACCAAGUCGUUCCCGAAAGACAGGCCCGGGCCGAGGGCUUCUUUGGAAGCGAUAGAGUGUACGACCUGUCCAAGAAUAAGACCGGCGUGCCUAUCCUUGGCCAGGAUGAUGAGAGUCGCAAACGAAAGAAGCCAGGCGAUGUGGACGUUGCUCUUGACCCAGAGGCCUUGGCAAGCCAUGAUGGCAUUAGCAAGGAUGAGCUGCGCAGGAGGUUUGAGGAGGGCCGCAAGGAGGAUGCGAUCGGCAAGCAGUGGCAGUAUGAUGACGACCUCAGCGAAAUGAUCGCGCAGGAGAGUCGCAAGAGGGUCAAGCGGGAUGAGGAGAAGCGCGGCGGUGGUGACAAGAAGAAGGAGACGAAGUACCGCUUUUAG